AUGAGGACAUUGGUACCGGCUGUGGCCGUGUGGGGGAGAACAGCUCCCUCUCACAGCAUCACUGCUGUUAUGAUCACAGAUGACCAGCAGACCAUAGUUACAGGAAGCCAAGAAGGACAGAUUUGUCUCUGGGAUCUUUCACCAGACUUACAGAUUUCAUCUAAAGAAAUUCUCUUUGGCCAUACUGCUUCUGUAACUUGUUUGGCAAAAGCAAGAGAGUUUGAGAAACAGCCAUAUGUAGUAAGUGCUACUGAAAAUGGGGAGAUGUGUGUUUGGAAUGUCACUAGUGGACAGUGCAUUGAGAACACAAAGCUUCCUUAUAGGCACACAGCAAUCCAUUAUUACCAUUGCUCAUUCCGAAUGACAGGUGAAGGCUGGCUUCUUUGUUGUGGAGAAUAUCAAGAUGUUCUUAUUAUUGAUGCUAAAACUUUGGAUGUUCUUCACACUUUAUCAUCUCAGUCUUCUGAUUGGAUAAAUUGUAUGUGUAUUGUACACUCUGCAAGAAUUCAAGAAGACUCUUUGGUUGCAGUGUCUGUAGCUGGAGUUGUCAAAGUGUGGGACCUGUCUUCAUCUCUGAAUAGCAUUCAGGAGAAGCAAAGUGUGCACGAGAAGGAAUCAAAAUCUCUGGACUGUAUAAAUUGUCAAGCAGUGCGAUUUUGUACUUACACGGAAAGACUCCUUCUAGUUGUGUCCUCCAUGUGCUGGCAGGUCUAUGACUAUUGUGAUUUCUCCUUGCUUUGUACUGAGUUCUGUAAGAGUGGUCAGUGCUUUGCUGGUGGGGAAGUGCUGGCAGCUUACAGACUUAUCAUCUGGACAGAAGAUGGCCACAGUUACAUCUACCAGCUGCUAAACAGUGGCCUUUCUAAAAGCAUGUACCCUGCUGAUGGGAAGGCACUGAAGGAAACAGUUUAUCCUCAUUUACUCAGCUUUACUGGUAUGAAGGAAAAUAAGUGUCCUUUUUCACAGAAUCUUCCUAUUGUCAUGGGCUUCAUGAAUGAAAGAAAGGAGCCUUUCUACAAGGUUCUUUUUUCUGGUGAAGCUUCAGGACGGAUCACUUUGUGGCACAUUCCUGAUGUUCCUGUGUCAACAUUUGAUGGUUCUCCAAAAGAGAUCCCAAUUAUAACCAUAUGGACUCUUCAGGAUAAUUUUGAUAAAAACCAUUCCAUGUCAGAAGGCAUUAUUGAUCAACUUUGUGGAUCUGAAGAUGGAUUUAGAAGUGCAGUUGUCAGUUCCUCUAUGUACAUACCUGGUCUUGAUAAGCUUGUAUGUGGAUGUGAAAAUGGGAAAAUUUUUGUAACAUUAGGUUUAAAAACUGCAAGAGCAAGACUAUUAGAAAACAUAUCUUUUCUUAAAGAUAAACUACCUUAUAAGGUUCUGAAUGGUCACAGUAGCAGAGUCACUUGCUUACUUUAUCCACAUGAGAAAUCAGUAAGAUUUGAUCCAAGCUGGCUGUUAUCAGGGGGCCAGGACUCUGUUGUGAUCUGCUGGGAUAUAUUUACUGGAGGCAUCCUACACCAGUUUAAUCUGCAGUCUGGUGCAGUGACAGAGCUCUUGCAAUCCCCAGAACACUACAGAUUAAAAGAUGAGAGUAUAGUGUGCUGUGUGUGCAGUGACCACUCAGUAGCAAUUCUACACCUUCAGAAGAGACAAUGUCUCUUACAUGCCAGAAAGCAUCUGUUUCCAGUGAAGAAGAUAAAAUUUGACCCUCUUGAGAAUGUGCUAAUUGUUGGAUGUGAAGACAAUUCAGUUUAUAUUUGGGAAAUUGAAACAGGCACACUGGAACGACAUGAAACUGGUGAAACAGCAAGGGCAAUUCUUACUGCAAUUGAAGAUUCAGAAUACUUAGUGGCAGAUGCUCCACUUUCUGUAUCUCAGGAGACAAAACGAAACAAGAAUUCUGGAUACAAACACUCCAGCUUGUAUAAGCAUGGCAUGGGCCCUUAUCUUGCUCAUAUAGAGAAGUCUUCAGAUAAGUUGACUGAUACAAGCUGCGUCCAACAGCCCUUUACUAUUUUACCAGCUAAGACAAAAUGGAACAAUGCAAAUUUUCAUAUUCUCUUAUUUGACCUGGAAAAACUUGAGGAACUGCUCUCAUCUCAACUCAAUGGAUUAAAGUCAUCAAAAUCAUUCCACAACCAAUGCACCCUAGAAAGAGUUAAAAGUACUACUGAGAAAAGGGCACUGACAUUAAAAAGAAAUAAAACUGCUGCCUUUGUACCUCAAGUAGAUGGGCAGGCAGAGACUGUUUGUUCAGACCAAGUUCAUAGGGAUAAUACUGCAGCUAGGCCUGUGGAAGAAAGUGGUGGCACGAAAAGACGGAAGAAAAUGAAGAGUUCAAGAAAGAUCAGAAUGCAGCCAUCAGGAAACAUCGAUGUGAACAUUGCCACUGAUACAGCUAAACUGCUUUUGUCAUGUCUCCUACCAUGGGGUGUAGACAAAGAAAUAGACAAUCUCUGUGCAGGACACUUGGAUAUCUUGAGGCUUCAGUGUCCUGUUUCUUUUGGACUUAUGUCAGAUGAAAGUCACCUCUCACUGAUGUUGCCAGGAUGGAGAUGUACUGAUUGUGGUGUGCUAGGAGAACAUGAAGUUUUCAAUUUGUUUUCAAAAAGAGUCCUUGAUUUAUCAAACAAAUACCUUACUGCGACUGAAGGACAAUCUGGAAAGGAGGAUGGACCUGAGAAUAAUGAUUAUGGAACAAGGGACUUGGAAACAAUAUUUUUUUUAUUUAGCAGAAUAGCUUUAAUCAACAGGAUAAUUAACACACCCUCAGCAGUUACAGAUGAAAUCGAAAGUCCACAGAAACCAGAAUCUGUACAUGAGAAAUGGCAAAAUGUAGAAGCAGUAGCACUUUCAUGCCCCAGUUUUUAUGGGGACUUACCAAGCAGUAAGAGCAGAUAUUCCCCAGACUUUGGGAGCAUUUCAUUGCUGAAACUCAUUUGCUGUUGGAAUGACCAAUCUGUAAAGAUUGUUGAGGCAAUGCAAGCAGUGCUGCUGGCAGAAGUUCAGAGGACUAUUAAUCCCUUGAGAAAGACAGCGAUUUGCAGAGAGCCAUUGGCCAUAGUAGAGAAUGGAAAUGUCAGUGUGCUGAAGCAUGACAAGAGCUCCAACUCGGCAAACUUCCAAGAUGUGGAGGAUGUGCCUGACAGAUGUGUCUUGGAAGAGUCUGAGAGUCCAGAUGACAUGAAGCCACAUCCCUGGAUAUCUAAGGUGUGCUCCUGUAAGGUGUGUUAGAAAAAAACCUGCUGAGAUGAAGGAAUUAGAAGAUGUAGAAGACAGCCAAGAAAUAGGA